GUGAGUUAAGCAACCUUUUUCCAAUACGCGGUUAAGCAAACCGAGAUGUCGACGUGAUUAAUAAUAUUUACUUGAACUUGAACGCUGUUCCAAUACCGUGUAGCCACAAGCUCUUCCUUCAUUGAGUUCAACUAUUUCUUUCUUCCAACCUUUGCAGACAUAGCAAUCUAAACCAAACCAAAACCUCUCUUCUCAUCAGUUUCUAUCACUUCCAAAUUGCAUUUGCAAACAAGAUGGAAAACAACAGUAACAACAAGACUCAAAACCCCUCUGCAGAACCUUCUUCCACCUUUUCAAACCCAUCACCAUCACCAUCACCAUCACCAUCAUCAUCUGCACCACAUCCACCACCCAAUAAUCCUGCAACUACUGAGAAUUGGGGAACUCACAUAAUGGGCACCCCUGCUGUACCAAGCAGUCAUCCAGAUAACAAAAAAGCAGCUUUGCAAACUGGCUCUGCUGAACAACCUCAGGUUCAAUAUUACCAACAACAACAACAACAUCCCUAUGUGCAACACAGCCCUGCUGAGAAGCCAAGCAAUAGUCCCCUGGAGUCAAUCCUCCACAUGUUUGAUUCAUGGAGUAAAAAAGCUGAAUCCACCGCCAACAACGUUUGGCAUAAUCUUAGAACAGGCCCUUCAAUGUCUUCAGCUGCACUGGGGAAGAUGAAUCUGACAGUGAAAGCGAUAUCAGAGGGAGGGUAUGAGUCCCUUUACAAACAAACCUUCACUACCUAUCCAAAUGAGAAGCUGAAGAAGAGCUUUGCUUGUUACCUUUCAACAUCAACAGGGCCUGUUGCUGGAACCCUUUACCUCUCUAACAUUCAUGCAGCGUUUUGCAGUGAUCGCCCCUUGUGCUUCACUGCACCCUCUGGCCAGGAGACUUGGAGCUACUACAAGGUGAUGGUGCCUUUGGGGAAGAUUGGAGCAGUGAACCCUGUGAGCAUGAGGGAGAACCCUUCAGAAAAGUAUAUCCAGAUUGUGACAGUAGAUGGGCAUGAUUUUUGGUUUAUGGGUUUUGUUAAUUAUGACAAAGCAGUUAAGAACCUCUCAGAUGGUAUCUCACAUUUUGUGGUUCCAGGAGUGGCCGCACCAUCAACUAGUUCUUGAUGGAAGAUCUCCCCACAUUUUCUAUGUAGAGUUUGUGUAUGUUUCCUGAUUAUUACAAUGCUGGAUAUUUUUGUUUAAACGGUAGUAAGAUUUUGUCUAGUGAUUUUGUGCAUUGAAUCUAUAGUUGAUUAUAUAUGAA